CUCGCUCAGCGCAGCCGUCUCUCGGAGGAGGGGGCAGGGGCGGAGGCAGAGGCCGAGGCCGCUCUCGUCUCCAUGCUGGAGCAAGAAGCCUUGAAAGGCCGGGCUGCCAUGGGCGAGCUGGGUCUGGGCCUGGAGUUCCACACGUGGCACCACUUCAGCAGCUUCUUCGAUGACUGGUGUGAGCGGCAUAAAGUGCUCUUCAUCAUUGCCAGCCUCAAGCCCCUGAUCUCCCUGCGCCAGCCGCCACUGCCCUACCUGCCCAGCCUGGCCUCCACCCUGCGUUUCCGCUUUGUGCGCCUCAUCUGCAAGCACAGCGGUACCUACGUGGGGCAGAGCGUGGUGCAGCGAGACCAGCAAAGCCAGAAGAUCGACUGCCCGGCUCUCAUCACCCUCCGCCUGGGCCCCAAGAAGGAUCGGCUGGUGGUGACGGAGGCCAAGCUGCAGCACAACCAUCAGCUGUCGCCGCGGGAGUUCUCCAGAUGCUUCAGGCGGAGCCAGCUGGAGGCCAGCCUGGGGCUGCCCAUCCGCAUCACCAACAGCGUCUCCAAGCGCUUCUUGGCCCCCGACCUGGUCUGGAAUCUGGAGGACUACAGCCGGGCCAAGGACAAGGGCAUGUGCAAGCUGCUUGGGGAGAUGCACGCGCUCUUCCGGGCCGACCCCGGGGCCAAGGUCAAGCUGGUCUUCCAAGAAGACGUGGCCAUCCUCAACUGCAUCUUCUUGGCCACGUCGCACAUGCGGCAGCUGGCGCGCUCCUUCCCCCGCCUCCUCUUCUUGGACCAGGCAGCCAGCCUUCCUGGAGACUUCGAGCUCUACUCUGUCCUUUGCCAGGAUGCCAACGGGCGAGGUCGCGAGGUGGCCUACUGCCUUGCCCGCAGGGGCACGCCUGACCUGCUGGUCUUCAUCGUGGCCUCCUUGGUGCAGAGCGUGCCUGAGAUCAAGGCCCUGGUGGAGUGUCUUACCAUUGGUGUGUCCUGCCUCGCGGGUGUAGACACUGUGGAGGAAGUCCUGCCCUGUGCCCGAGUACAGGUGUGCCGUGCCCAGGUCCUGGAGGCCUUGGGGCGCAGGGCCCGGGAGCUGGCUGUGCCCGGGGAACGGCACAUAGUCAACCUCCUGCACAAUCUGGCACACGCAGCCUCCCCCAAAGUCUACAGCCAGUACCUCAGUGAUCUCGAAGACGUUGCCCCCCUCGAGUUCCUCCGCCACUUUCUGGAGACCUGGCAUCCACACAAAGGCACGUGGGUCGCCUGCUGGGCAUACCAUCGUGGGGAGAACUGCCCCUUUGUGGACCACCUCGAGGCUCACAGGCAGAAGCUCUUCUCUGCCCUGGGCCGGGACUCGUCUCUGGCAGGCUCCGUCCGAGGCCUGCUGGACCUUGAGAGCUUGCCUGUGGAACUGCAGGGGCUGCAGGCGGAAGAGGUGGCCGAGCGCUACCGGGCAGUGGGACCCGGGGAGGCAGCGGCCCUGGUGGCCGAGGAGCUGGCGCUGGCACGCCACGGGGUGGGCAUCCAGCCGGCAGAAGGGGGGGGCUUCGUGUUGGAGGGGGCAGGCCGGGGAGCCGCCUUCACCGUGGGGGCAGACCUGGCCUCCUGUAGCUGCUCUAUUUUCACGGCUGGCCGCCGGCCCUGCCGCCACAUCUUUGGUGCCCGCCUCUGGGCAGGGAAGGCCCUCUUUGACGUCAGUCUCCUGCCCCCUGCAGGUGGCCACGAUGGGUAAGGUUCUGGUAGGGCCCCUUUUCUUGCUGGCUCCCACACUAGAAAGGGCAGAAGGGCAAGUCAUAGGUCUGCCUUCUCCCUCCUCAUAUUCCCCUGCCGCUCAGACCUGGACUGGCCUGGGAACGAGGGGAGCCCAUCAGAGCGGCAGGGUGGGCGCCUGCUGCUGGGGACCAGGGAAGGGGAGGGUCAGUUUUGUAUGUUUUCUGGCAAGAAUAAAACAAAUUCUGU